CCCGGGCCCGCCUCCCCCUUUCGCGUCCCAGGACGCGUUGCGCGGCCCGGGCCGGAAGUCGGCGAGUUCCCGGGUGUGUGUCUGUGUCUGUCUGUGUCUCGAAGCGGCGCGCGGCCCGGGACAAACGCUGGGGAAUCCCAUCUGAGGCGUCACCACUGUCACUACCAUCACCCACGGAGCCACUUCUAGAGGGGAGUAGACCCGGCGCUUCGCCGGGCAGAGAAGAUGUUGCCCCUGUCCAUCAAGGACGAUGAAUACAAACCACCCAAGUUCAAUCUGUUCGGCAAGAUUUCGGGCUGGUUUAGGUGCGGGUGCUAUUUUUGCGGGAAGGGGUAUCCGGCCGAAGGGGAGAAGGCCCAGACCUAAGGAUAGCCCGAGGUCUAUCCUGUCGGACAAGACGUCCCGGAACCUGUUUUUCUUCCUGUGCCUGAACCUCUCUUUCGCUUUUGUUGAAUUACUCUACGGCAUCUGGAGCAACUGCUUAGGCUUGAUUUCCGACUCUUUUCACAUGUUUUUCGAUAGCACUGCCAUUUUGGCUGGAUUGGCAGCGUCUGUUAUUUCAAAAUGGAGAGAUAAUGAUGCUUUCUCUUAUGGGUAUGUUAGAGCGGAAGUUCUGGCUGGCUUUGUCAAUGGCCUAUUUUUGAUCUUCACUGCUUUUUUUAUUUUCUCAGAAGGAGUUGAGAGAGCAUUAGCCCCUCCUGAUGUACACCAUGAGAGACUGCUUCUUGUUUCAAUUCUUGGGUUUGUGGUAAACCUAGUAGGAAUAUUUGUUUUCAAGCAUGGAGGUCAUGGACAUUCUCAUGGCUCUGGCCAUGGACACAGUCAUUCCCUUUUUAAUGGUGUUCUGGAUCAGGCACAUGGCCAUGGAGAUCACUGCCACAGUCAUGAACUGAAACAUGGUGCUGCACAUAGUCAUGAUCAUGCUCAUGGACAUGGACAAUUUCACUCUCAUGAUGGUCCCUCCUUAAAAGAAACAGCAGGACCCAGCAGACAGAUUUUACAAGGUGUAUUUUUACACAUUCUGGCAGAUACACUUGGAAGUAUUGGUGUAAUUGCCUCUGCCAUCAUGAUGCAAAAUUUUGGUCUAAUGAUAGCAGAUCCUAUUUGUUCGAUCCUGAUAGCCAUGCUUAUAGUUGUAAGUGUUAUUCCUCUUUUAAGAGAGUCUGUUGGAAUAUUAAUGCAGAGAACUCCUCCGGUGUUAGAAAAUGCUCUGCCUCAGUGCUACCAGAGGGUGCAGCAGUUGCAAGGAGUUUACAGUUUACAAGAGCAGCACUUCUGGACCUUAUGUUCUGAUGUUUAUGUUGGGACCUUGAAAUUAGUAGUAGCCCCUGAUGCUGAUGCCAGGUGGAUUUUAAGCCAAACACAUAAUAUUUUUACUCAGGCUGGAGUGAGACAGCUUUAUGUACAGAUUGACUUCGCGGCCAUGUAACGAAUGAAAAGAAAUUAUCCUUUUUGGGGGACCUAAUAUUUCCGGUACUGUACAAUCCCAAAUGUUGUACCUAGCUUUUUAGGACAGAAAAAUUGUCACGACAAUUGCCCAGCGCCAAGUAGACCAGGUAGCGUCAGCAGUUUGUGCUCUGCCAGGAAGGAGCUCAUAGCUAAGGGAGCAGAACUAGGAGGAGCUCUCCUGGACUUUUGGUCGUGUCUUUUGUGCUCUUCCCUCCAAACCAUUUUAAUUUCUGAUGUUUGUAGUUUUGUCCCAGGAUGUUAUUUUUUGUUUGUGUACCUUUUUUUUUUUUUUUUUCCCAUUUUCAAAAAUGCCCUCAGCCCUAGUGGUCAUCCUAGCGAGUCCGAAUUCAGAUGCUGGGCUUCCAGUCAUCUGCACAGUCUUCACUGAAGCUGCUGGAAACCACUGCUUUCAUUUCCACAAAACUAGUGUUAUUAAAAAAAAAAAAAGAAAUCAUUUUAUAUGUAAUGUCACAAUGGUUGACAUUCUUCAGUAUAAUCAUAUGUUUGUAAAAUUGUUUGUACCUUGCAAACUUAUGAACCAAACCAUAUUGGGUUUUCAAAGUGCCUUUGUAUCAGAAAAUGUAUUUGCCAGCAUAAUAAUGUACCAUCAAAGGUCAUGCAUAUGGGUUUUUUUAAUGGAUAAUUCUAUAAUCUGUAUGAAGUAAGACUCUUAAAAGUGAUGUAUACAGAUUGUCUUUGUGUGUACUUCCAGCCUAGGUUUAAAGAUAUGAAAAGUUUCCUCUUAUUGCUCUAUCUCAUCGAAAAAUAGAAGGUGUUAUUUUGCUUUUUAAAUCAAAUUCAAUUAUCACAUUAUUCUGUGGACUGUGUUUUCAAAACUUUGCAAAUGCAUCUGUUAUAUAGACGAUUGUUUUGACUUACUUAAAACAUCUGCUAAAUCCCAUAUUUCUCUGAAAGCUACUGUGUCUGUGAAAACUUCCCUAUGUGUCUCCUUGCUGUUUUUAUGGGUUUUAUUUUUAUUUUUUCUUUUUUUAGAGAGUUGAGGGAGAAGGGGCAGAGGGAGAGAGAGACUCUUAGGCGGGCUCCACGCCCAGCAUGGAACCCGACACCAGGCUCAAUCUCACAACCCUGUGACCGUGACCUGAGCCGAAAUCAAGAGUCGGAUGCUUAACCCACUGAACCACCCAGGUGCCCCUAUGGAUUUUAUUAAUGAAAGGCAAUGUAGAGGGAAGGCAGAAAUGGUUGUGACAAUGUUACUUUGUUUUUUCAUUCUUCAAAUGCCAAGUCAUACAAUUUGUUUUCCGGUGCAAGCAUUGCACAAAUACAGUUGCUUUCAGAAACCUAAAAGCAGCAUUUUAUUGAGUUUAAACUAUUGAAGAUACAGAUCAAUUGUGAUAAAACAGGUGUCUUAGAAGUUAAUAAACAAGUUGAUUUCUAGGUUUUUGUGUAUUUGAAAAAUAAAAUUGUGAUUUGAGAGGACAAGUGCUUGAACACUCAAAUAUUCUGUGUUUUUGAAGAAAUAUUGAUCUGGAUAGACAUUUACCCAUUGUUCUUCAUUUUAUCACAAUGUAUGUUCCCUUUUAACUUUAAAAAACUGAAAAUUCUUGGGGAAAAUAACUCUGCAGGAUGGAAAUGAUUGUUUAGAAUGUAGACCAAUAAUAAGCACUUUUUCACAGAUGGGGCAGAAAUCGCUGUUGAUUUUGUCUACGUUUUAGAGUAGCUUUCUCCCUAUUUCUGAUCUACAAUUUAUGAACUAAAGUGUAUUAGGAAAACUGGACUACUUUCUUAAUGCUUUCCUAAAAUGCUGCAGAUUGCUAUGAGCUGUUGACAGUCUCCUUUUUGCAGAUUAAGCAGUAUUUUCAAAACAUUUUUACUUACUGCCAGGCAGUUCUAAAGCUAAGAAUUCCUGCAGUAGAAUGUGUUUAACUAAAACAGUUGUUGAGAUGUUUUAGGAGGGAAAGUAUAAAAGGAAAUGUCCUGAUAACAUACUACUUUUUCAUUAUAAGUGUAAGUGACUAUUUGGAAGUUUGCAUCCACUCCGAGCCUGAUAGAAGCCUGGGAUAUUCUGUGGGUUUUGGCAUAUUGUGGAAAAUGUCAGAUCUAGAUGAAGGUGGGAAUUUUGGAUGUGUGCCUUUAAAAGCUAAUGUUAUAUGUAAUUGUACUGAUUGUUCACAUAUGGAGACAGUAUUUGCACUGGCAUGGAAACUUGAGCAGUGCAUUUUGAAGGUCCAGUUCUGCCUUUCCUCAGGCCCUCCAUUCCAAGUAAAGUUUUUGUCAAAAUUGGCAUCAUUUUAACUAUACUCUGAAUACACAAGUGCAUGCAUAUGUGUUUUUUCCUUGAUAAGGCAUUGAGCAUACAGAUUAUUAGACUGAUAUGGAACUCUAAUUUUGCACCUAUUACAAGAGAUUUCCAGCUCAUAUCAUUUGGUGGGUUGGCAUUAACAUUUAUGCUUUAAUUAAAUGUCCUUAAACCUGUGUGUGCAGCAGUGGACAAAUCAGUGUGAGAAAAAGCAAUCUUGUUCUAACAAAUAUUCGGUCUCACCUGUGUUUCUGGCACAGACCUAUUUAUUGCUAAAGUAGAUAAUUUCACUGAGAAACACUACCUGAUUGUUGUAAUAGAUUUGAGAUGUCUCUAUGGUUAACUCUUGGGGUGGGUGAGGGGGAGGGCAGGGCGUCUUUGAGUAUAACUUUGCUAGUAUUUUAAAAAUCAAAAUAUUCCCUGGAGAACAAAUUUGUUUCGCUCUGGGAAAGUUUACCUUGCUAAGUAAAUUUCCCCAAACAGAAAUAUACCUAUAUUAGUUUUGUGUUUUAAAAUCUAGAUUGUAUUACUCAAAGGGCUUACCAUAUGUGUGACUUUAUUUUGCUGACUCCCUGUGCACUUUUGUGAAGGACAGUGUGUAGUUUAUCUGUAGCUCUGUAUUCCUCUUGUCGUCGCCAAGCGGUCUUCUGCAGAGGCAUAAGGAAGUAGCAGCAGAUGUUAGUGGCAUCUACCUUUGUCUCCGGAUGCUUCAGCGUUCUUCAAAGCCUCCGUGUAGACCCCAGUAACCAAAAUACUGUGACUUGUGCACCUUUGUAAAGCAGCCCAAUCAGUGACUCCAGAUGCAAUUGAUCAGAGUUCUAUAAUGUUUUUACCUGCUAUGGAAGAAUCAAUUCUAUAGAGAUUAUUAUGGUAGCAUCCUCAUAUAAUGCUGGGAUUUAAGAACAAAAAUAUGUCAUUGCUCAACAUAGAAUUUUACAUCUAAGGGACUGUCCUUAAAAGCAGUCUCGUUCUACCUCUCAUUUUACAGAUGAGAACACUGAAGCCCAGAAAUGCUGUCAUUUACUCACAGUCGCAGAGAUAAUUAGUGGCAAAGCCAAGACUAGAGUCCAGGUCUUGUGACUCCAGGUCAAGUUCUUUCUCCUCUACUGUGCUGCCUGCCUCUCCAGUGUAAUAUUUGCCUUUCUGUAAAUGUGAUGAAAAAGCAUUUGUAAAUAAAGGAAAGCUGACCUCCAUUUUUGGUACAUUAAGGCACUUUAUAAAUGGAGUUUUAUUGUCUUAUUUUUCAUAAGUAAUUAUGAGGUUUAGAAUAUUAUUUCCAUACUUCCAUUAUGAGGUUUAGAAUAUUCUUUAUGGAAAAUAUAAUUUUUGUACUCUUACUUUUUUACUCUUAUGAAACCAGUUCCUGAUUUUUAAAAUAUGAUGACAUCUGUGCUUUGGAUACUUUUAACUUGUGAAUUUUUCUGUUAAUUGCCCAAGGCUAAAUCCAAUUUAAGGAUUGCUUAGUUUCUUUAUUUUGUUUAUAUUCUGUGAGCUGGUACUUUUUAGAAACCAGGCCAAUUCUUACAGGUCGUAUCAUUUCACUCUUGAUACUUUAGUUUUCACUUACUGGGGAGCUUUUUGGAUUUUUAACAUUUAUUCUCAGAGCCACACAAAAUUGGGCAUUAAAUUAAAUAUAGAACAAAACAGGUCUUUUAAUUCAGUAGGGUGAAAUUUUGAAGUCUUACCAGAACCCCAAAUGUUAAAUUGCUUACUCUCAACAUAAAAGCAUUACCUUGAUAAAAUUAAACUUUUUUUUCUGUCACCAUCUUCAAAACAAAUUAUUUUCCAGUUCACGAGAA